CCUCCGCGUGAAACAAAGUGUGGUGUCCGCGCGAGAGAGCCCGCUGGAAGCGAAAAAGACAGAAACCCGGAGAAAGGAGAGUAUGGAGCGGCUGAACCGCCGACAACAGGAGGAAUAACGCACUGAAGAGAGAGCCAGAGGAGACCCGAAGACGGGGGAGAAGAGGACGGAGCAGCAGGGGAGGAGGGAAAAAAAGGAAGAAAAAAAGAAAACUUUUCGGGGUCGGGGAGGGGGGGAAACUGUUCCGGACUGCGAGCGCACGGCCACGUUUGAAAACAUGGAUACACUUUUCUCUGUGCUCCCGGGACUCCUGUUUCUCCUGUCGGCAGUUGGAGACGUCUCCGGUCAGAUACCGACAGCUCACAUGGGGCGUGCCGAGAAGGGGAGCUGUACGUUUGAUGAGGGCUUCUCUCAGUGUGAUUACCAGCAGGAUCCCUAUGAUGACUUUGACUGGACGCACAUCAACACACAGGAAGUGCCGUAUGUCUCACCAGACCUCCCACAAGGUUCUUACAUGUACGUGGAUGUCUCUCAGUAUGAUCCUGGGGAGAAGGCCAGGUUUCAGCUCCCAGUUAUGAAGGAGAACGACACUCACUGUAUCGACUUCAACUAUCUGCUCACCAGCCCUGACGGCUCCAGCCCUGGCACCCUCAACGUCCUGGUUAAGGUAAACAAGGGUCCAUUGGCCAACCCUAUAUGGAACGUGACCUCCUACACUGGUAAAGACUGGCUGAAAGCGGAACUCGCCGUCUCCACCUUUUGGCCAAAUGAAUAUCAGGUCAUAUUCGAAGCCGAGGUUUCGGACAGCAAGGCCGGCUUCAUCGCCAUUGACGACAUUCAGGUGCUCAGCUACCCGUGCGAUAAAUCCCCUCAUUUCCUGCGUCUUGGGGAUGUGGAGGUGAAUGCCGGACAGAAUGCCACAUUUCAGUGCAUCGCUACAGGACGGGACACAUCGAACAAUAAACUCUGGCUACAGAGGAGAAAUGGAGAGGAUAUCCCUGUGGCUCUGACCAAAAACAUCAACCACAGACGGUUCGCAGCCUCCUUCCACCUCAAAGAAGUCACUAAUCAGGACCAAGAUCUGUACCGCUGCGUCACCCAAUCAGAGCGCGGCUCCGGGGUGUCUAACUUUGCGGGGCUAAUUGUCAGAGAGCCCCCGCACCCCAUCGCUCCUCCCCAGCUGCUAGGCGUCGGCCCAACAUAUCUGCUCAUUCAGCUGAAUGCUAACUCCAUAUUUGGGGACGGACCUAUUAUCCUGAAAGAGGUUGAGUACCGGAUGACAUCAGGCAGCUGGACGGAGACUCAUGCUGUGAACUCUCCAAACUAUAAGUUAUGGCAUCUUGACCCGGACACAGAGUACGAGAUCAGAGUGUUACUAACCAGACCAGGAGAGGGAGGGACAGGCAAAGCUGGACCACCACUCAUCACCCGGACCAAAUGUGCAGAACCCAUGCGGACCCCAAAGCGGCUGAAGAUCGCUGAGACCAGGUCACGUCUGAUAGCGGUGGACUGGGAGUCGUUAGGUUACAACAUCACUCGCUGUCACACCUUUAACGUCACCAUCUGCUACCAUUACAUGACCGCCAGCAACCGCAGCAAAAGCGACUGCUUGGACAUGGACCCUAAAGCACCACGCCACCUGGUGGGAAACCUGCCACCCUACACCAACGUCAGUCUCAAGAUGAUUCUGACCAAUCCGGAGGGACGGAAAGAGAGCGACGAGACCAUCAUACAAACGGAUGAAGACGUUCCAGGCGCAGUUCCCAGUCAGUCAGUAAGAGCCACUCCAUUUGAAGACAGAAUCCUUCUUUACUGGAAGGAACCGUCUGAACCCAAUGGAGUCAUCAUACAAUACGAGAUCAGCUACAGCGGCGUCCGAUCAUUUGACCCUUCAGUGCCUCUCCAGCGGCCGGGACUCACAGUGUCUCUGCCCUCAAACGCCACCCAUCACCUGUUCUCCCAGCUCCACCCAGGUGUCACGUACCAGCUCUCUAUACGUGCAUCCACCUCCAAAGGGUUCGGUCCUGCAACCACGCUCAAUGUGACCACUAACAUUUCAGCCCCAACAAUCGAUGAGUACGAUGGGUCAGAAGCCUUCCUGAAUGAAACUGCAACAACCAUCACUGUCCUGCUCAAACCUGCCCAAGCCAAAGGAGCACCUAUCAGUGCAUACCAGAUUGUAGUUGAGGAGGUGAAUCCUCAGCGGACACGUCGUCAAGCUUCCUCUGACUGUUACGAGGUCCCAGUUUCCUACCACAGUGCGUCUAGCGGUGGAUCUCCAUAUUAUUAUGCCGCCCAGCUGUCCCCAAGCAACCUGCCUGAGCCGCUCCCCUUCACUGUGGGAGACAACAAGACAUAUCAGGGUUUCUGGAAUCCUCCAUUGGCUCCGAGGAAGAACUACAACAUCUACCUUCAAGCUGUGAGCAGCACAGAAAGGGAAACAAAGACACAGUGUUUGAGGCUGGCGACUAAAGGUGCUACAGAGGAGCCUGAAGUCAUCCCUGAUCCCGCUAAACAGACUGAUCGGGUGGUGAAGAUCGCUGGGAUCAGUGCCGGUGUCCUUGUCUUCAUACUGCUGGUGCUGGUAGCCAUCCUAUUGGUCAAGAAGAGGAGGACCUACUAUUCAUACUCUUAUUACCUGAAACUGGCUAAAAAACGCAAAGACGCCAUCGGAACGACUCGGCAGGAAAUGACUCACAUGGUGAAUGCCAUGGAUCGCAGCUAUGCAGACCAGAGCACUCUGCAUGGAGAAGAUCCCAUGGCUGUGACAUUCAUGGACUCUCACAACUACAACAACAGAUUGCCCAACGAUCCUCUGGUUCCUACUGCUGUGCUAGUUCCAAUCACAGAUGAGAACCACAGUGCCUCUGCAGCAGAGAACAGCAGACUUCUGGAUGUUCCUCGGUAUCACUGUGAAGGAACUGAGUCUCCGUAUCAGACGGGACAGCUCCACCCCGCCAUCAGAGUGGCCGACCUCCUGCAGCACAUCAACCUGAUGAAAACAUCGGACAGCUACGGCUUCAAGGAGGAGUACGAAUUGGUGAUACAGAGCUUCUUCGAGGGCCAGUCGGCCUCCUGGGAUGUUGCCAAGAAGGAGCAGAACCGCACCAAGAACCGCUAUGGAAACAUUAUAGCAUAUGAUCACUCAAGGGUUAUCCUCCAGCCCAUAGAAGACGACCCCUCCUCCGACUACAUCAACGCCAACUACAUCGAUGUAAGUGGAAACGCAUCGAAUGCUACUAUUGGCUCCCAACGAAACCAACGAAACCACACUCCCUCGCUCAUUUGGCUGUACAGGGAUGGCUACCAGAGACCGAGUCACUACAUUGCUACUCAAGGUCCUGUUCAUGAGACGGUGUACGACUUCUGGAGGAUGGUGUGGCAAGAACAGUCAGCCUGCAUCGUCAUGGUAACCAAUCUGGUGGAGGUCGGGAGGGUUAAGUGCUAUAAGUAUUGGCCCGAUGAUGCCGAGGUGUACGGAGACUUCAAGGUGACGUUUGUGGAGGUUGAACCUUUGGCUGAAUAUGUGGUUCGCACAUUCACACUGGAAAGGCGUGGUUUCAACGAGGUGAGGGAAGUCAAGCAGUUCCACUUCACGGGCUGGCCUGAUCACGGAGUCCCGUAUCACGCCACAGGCCUACUCUCCUUCAUCCGCAGAGUGAAAAUCUCCAAUCCACCCUCUGCUGGGCCCAUUGUGGUCCACUGCAGUGCUGGAGCGGGUCGUACAGGCUGUUUCAUAGUCAUCGACAUCAUGUUGGACAUGGCGGAGAGAGAAGGAGUGGUCGACAUCUACAACUGUGUGAAGGCUCUUCGCUCCAGAAGGAUCAACAUGGUACAGACUGAGGAGCAGUACAUAUUCAUCCAUGAUGCCAUUCUAGAGGCUUGUCUAUGUGGAGAAACAGCCAUACCAGUGUGCGAGUUCAAAGCUGCUUUUUAUGAGCUGAUCCGCAUCGACUCGCAGACCAACUCGUCACAUCUGAAGGAUGAGUUCCAGACAUUAAACUCGGUGACUCCUCAGCCUCAGCCUGAGGACUGCAGCAUCGCAUUGUUGCCUAGAAACCAAGAUAAGAACCGCUUUAUGGAUGGCCUUCCUCCUGACAGAUGCCUUCCCUUCCUCAUCACAAUAGACGGAGAAAGCAGCAACUACAUCAACGCCGCUCUGAUGGAUCUGUCAGAAGAGUUCCAGAGCUACAGACAGCCUGCUGCAUUCAUUGUUACCCAGCAUCCUCUGCCCAACACCGUCAAAGACUUUUGGCGUCUGGUUUAUGACUAUGGAUGUACCAGUUUGGUGAUGCUGAAUGAGAUCGACCUGGCUCAGGGUUGUCCCCAGUACUGGCCAGAGGAGGGCAUGCUGCGUUACGGUCCAGUCCAGGUGGAAUGUAUGUCCUGCUCAAUGGACUGUGAUGUUAUCAGCAGACUCUUCAGAGUCUGCAACCUCACCAGGCCUCAGGAGGGCUACCUGAUGGUUCGUCAGUUCCAGUACCUGGGGUGGGCGGGGCAUAGAGAAGUCCCCGCCUCCAAGCGCUCCUUCCUCAAACUGAUCCUGCAGGUGGACCAGUGGCAGCGUGAAGGAGAGGAGGGCGAGGGAAGAACCAUCGUCCACUGUCUAAAUGGAGGUGGGCGCAGCGGAGUUUUCUGUGCCAGCAGCAUCGUGUGCGAGAUGGCUAAGAGACAGAGUGUGGUGGAUGUUUUCCACGCUGUGAAGACUUUGAGGAACAGCAAACCCAACAUGGUGGAUACUCCGGAACAGUAUCGGUUCUGCUACGACCUGGCGCUGGAGUUCAUCGAGUCCUCCUAAACGAAGGAAAGAAGUGGAGGAGGAGGUGAAGAAGAGCAGAACAUCUGUUCACUUCCUGCGUGUUUGAUCCUUCGCUUUGGCUUGGUCCCGACUCCCCUCUGUGGUGGCCGUUCUGUAGCACCCGUUUUGCAUCCCUACGAAUGGCUCAAGUGAAACCGGCUCCUCCUGCAGUGUUGUAAAGUAUCCAAACAAAGGGAAAAAUUCAGACUUGAACAGGAGGAGCUGCUGGAGGCGCAGCACGGGGGGAGGCUCCUUUUACUCCUUUACGCUUAUUGUACAGCUUUUUGAGUGCCAGCGGGCCCCUGUAUGUUCCGGGCCCCAUUUAAAUGUUUAGCGUCUCACCACAGCCCCUCUCACAUGAACUCGAUGCCUCGCUGUUUCAGCUGCAGUACUCAGUGUGCACUGUAGAUGUCGCCCUCGCCCGUUUUGCAAGCUGCAACCACAGCUUUUUGAAUAACUGCAAGUUUUCAGUGGCUUCGCAUUCCUGCUCUUACGCUAGUUUCAGAGUAACUUAACAGUGUUGGGCAUCUCAUCAUGGUUGUGUUUGAAUAUUUACAGCCGGUACUUUUGUACACGAACAAGAAACUUAAAGUUGCAGCCUGGCCAACCUCUGUGAAUGCUUCUGUUUUCUACUCCAUAACAUCAGCAGCGGCGUCAUGUUGUUUUUCUGGUCAUUUCAGUGAACUCUGAUUUAGAACAUCAUUAUGUGUUGAAGUUCUUUAAAAGCCACUUUGAACCCAUUUUACUUUGGUUACAUGCAGCAGAUUGUCAGAUGACAGAAUAGAAAUUAACCUCAGUGUCAAUAUAACUUUGCUGAUUUGAUAAAGUAGCGUGACAAUGAACAAAAAAACAGAGCGUUUACAAGGGGAGUGUUAGCCUUUUAGAUUUACAUUUAUUUUUAAUAUCAUGAAGUGGCAACUUGAAAAAUGUGUAGUUUCACUAAAACGUGUGUUGUGUGUCAUUGUUUAUGUUUCGUGCAGAGUUGAUUUUCUCUGCUUUCAUUGCGUCAUUUACUGAUCUACUGGAUAGAAGUUUUUGAAGUCUUCUUUGUACCCUAAAUUGUAAGGAGAAAAAAAAAAGUGAACACUGAACACUUGAGAUUUUGUUCAACCAUGUUACAUUAGCAUAAUCAUGUUUGUUUCAGGGCUGGGCCCAAUGCACUUUCAAUUCAGCCGAUUCACAAGUGGGAUCUUUUUAUUUCAAAACAGCAAACAAAUUUGUGGUUGAAGACUGAGAAUGAAUAACUCUUCACGAUUGGAUGAAUUACAGAAUUGAAAGUGAACUGACCCCGGGCCUCAUUUGUUUUUCGUGCACUGGUGGCCAACACUUUUUCCCCCUUUUUUUUUUUUUUGUUUUUUUAUUAUUAUUUUGUAGCUGAUGUUUAUUCAUAAGCCAAAGACUUUGUGUAAAUAUGUCUAUAUGGAUAAAGCACAUUGUUUGUAUUUAUUGUUUGUUUACUUGCAUUGCUUGUAAGAACAAUCAUUCUUCAUUCCAUGUUUACUCUCCCACCAGCGCUUCUUAAACUGCGGGCCGGGACGCAAAAUGAGCUGUUUCCUCUGUGCAGUGUUGAGAGCAGAGUGUUGGCGUGAUUUUGGGUCCCUGAGGUCAGAAGCAACAUCAGCUCAGGUUGUGUCCAUGAAGAGAAGUUUAUGAAGCCCUGAGAGAAGCUGUAUAUUAAAAGCAUUAGAAGUAGUUUUUCAGUAUUUAGGUGGAAUUCAGUAGUAUUGUCUUGUUUUCACUUAAUGAAACUCUGUGAUGUUACCGUGGUUUAUUUGUGUAAAGAAACCCCAUUGCUCUGUUUGUGGUCAGUAGAACUUGAGUGCAUUAAAACAUGCACAGAGUAUUUUGGAUAAUAGCGCCGAUCCCUCUUAACGUCUUAGUCGGGAUAAGCUGUUUAUCUUCAUCCUCGUAUCCUGCUCACUGUUACCCCUGAAAACACACGGACACGGUGGUGCAAACAGGCUCAGUGAGGGAAACAUGCAGGACUGUGAAACAACAACAAAAACAUUUAUUGUGCCUAAUCAUUUGAAUUUCCUUGUCGAUACAAGCAUUUUAGCAGCAUCGUAGACCGCAAACCAGGGCUUUUGUUGAAUGCGUUCUCAUGGACGAUCAAUGUUUUGAAUACCUUUCGGAUCAUGACUCAGUGUGUUUUAUUAAUCACAAUGCUUCAUGAAUUCUGCGUGAGGCUUUAUCGAUUACCAGAUGUGUUUCUGUUGUGCAUUCAGAAUAAUGAAAAAGAAAAAAAACAACAACUUUAUUGUAAAUAAAAUGCCAGAGGUUCCACAUAGUUGGAACGAGAGUAGCCCAGGUCUACUGUUACGGAUGAUAUUGUACAUAGACUAUCAUGAGUACCCUUAAAGGCUCUAUUGUUGGGUGAACAGUAGGGAUGUAGAUGAUGGAUGCAAUGUCAGAACUUUAGUUCUGUUGUAGAUAAAAAAAAAAAAAAAGUCAGAGAUUGUACUCCGAGAGGACUCCGCUUCAAAUUUUGACAGAUAGCAUUAUAGUUUCCACUGAAUACGGAGCUGUAUUCUGCUGGUGGAACAUCCAUUUUAUUUUUUUGCUUCAGAUUUCUGGUCUGAUCCAAAAAAUGGAGAGAACAUCCAGUGUCUUUGGUCGAACAAAAUUGAUGGCCAUCUCUAUAGCAUGCAGAGAGAGAGAGAACGGGAGAUUUAACAGAAAUUCAUUACAGCACGUGAAGAAGCUUCUUAUCGACACACUCGAGGGGGAAACGUGAGGAGCAAAUGCCGUCAAGACGCCCAGAAUUCCCCCUUAAUGAAUCUGAAGUAAUGGCCCUGGAGAGUGAUGAAUGAAGCAGAUGUCUGGAUGAGAGGCCAGUCUGAGUAUAGAAAUGAUAUUCAUGGUUCAUAAUUAUUCUUGUCUGUAAUGUUUGGCUUCUUUGCUGUAAUAAAGACCACUUCUUUAAUUAAA